UCCUCUGUAUGCAAGAGUUUCGCUCAAGUUGUUACAUGCCCAACUGUCACUUAGACAGUUUGCGGAGGUACCUAUAAAUAUCCAAGCUAGGCAGAGCUAUGUGGGCUUGUUCUCUAACUGACACUGCACUGAGUGUUGUGACUAGCUCCAGGUUUGCAAAUCUUAAUAAAGCUUGCUGUUUGAGAAUCUACAGUCUCUCUUCCUUUCAAUAGAAUUUCCACGACCCUCGGCUCAUAAGAACUUCAGUGACGUAUAUAUUAUGUUUAAAUACGUUAUUUAUCCGACAUCGACGUGCAGCUAUAAACUGUUCAGAAGUCCGCAGACUCGUUGAGGAGGGGGCUCACCUUUCACAGACACAGCGCCGUUUCAAAGAGAAUAAGAACAACAGUCCGAAGUUAAAAACCUGACCGAGCCCCGCAGAGUUGUUCUUCACUUAUUUAAAUGGUGUUGGGCACUCGUUGACGAUUCAGAAAAUGCCUUGACCAGACUGCACCCAGCUACCUCCAGACCCUCAACUCUCCCUACACCCCCACUCGACCUCUCCGCACCGCCUGCACUAGAAGACUGGCUGUACCUCCUCUACGCUCCCCUGCCUCCAAAGCCCGCUCCUUCUCCACUCUCGCCCCACAGUGGUGGAAUGACCUUCCUACAGAUGCCAGGACUGCCCAGUCCCUGACCACCUUGCGACGCUUCCUCAAGACUCACCUCUUCAGACAUCACCUGUAGAACUCCUCUUUUCCCUCUGGACACUAUCACUUCCUUAAUGCGCUUUACUUGCUCUUAUCUGCCCCCUAUUUUACUGCAUUUAAUCCUGUACUUUAGAGUACUGUAAUCUGUCACAAGUGUUAUUUAAUCUGUAGUAUUUUGCAUUUAAUCGUAUCCUGAUGUAACUAUCACUAACACUGUCAUCUGCUCUGAUAUUGAUUCGUAUUUUGUAUUAUACUUGUACUUACUAGAAGUGAAGUCAUUGUAUUUUAUCUUGCUCUUAAUUGUAUUAAUACUUGUACUGUGAUUCUUGAAAUGUAUUUUUGUUUACGACUGUAAGUCGCACUGGAUAAGGGCGUCUGCUAAGAAAUAAAUAAUAAUAGUAAUAAUAAUAAUAAUAAUAAUAAUAAUAAUAAUAAAAUAAAUUGAGAAAACUUUUUCAACAGAUAAAAUCCUAUGAUAUUAUAAACUUAUUACAAAAGAUUCUGUGUUCCUUCACUAGUAAAGCCACUCCUGCUGUAAUGCCAGAUUGUGUCUGUCCCUUGAAUGCCCUUCAUAACACUGUAUUUAAAUAAAUCAAUGAUUUUCUUUUUUUUGGCAGCUACUAAACAGAAUCCCAUGUGCUGCCAUGGACAGUGUGAAGAUGGAAUCUGUCCAGAUUAAAGAGGAGUUCCCUGAACUUGAACUUGUCCCCAUUAGAGUGGAGUUCUCUAGGCUGGCUUCCCUCCCCAUUAAACAGGAGCUCUGUGAGAUGCAAUGUGACAGCAGUCAGCCAGAGGACUGUGAGAUUAAAGCUGAACACAAUGAAUUGGAGAUCCCCCAGACAGAAGAACCCCUUCCUGUUAAACAAGAAGAGGUGCUGGAAACUGUCUGUAUUAAACAGGAGCCCCCUGAAGUAGAGUUUGACCACAUGGAACCAGUGAAGGAAGAAUCUGAGGACUUCAAACCAAACAUCCCUGAGCUGGAGCCUGUAGGCCUGCGGGAGUAUAGCAUGGUGCUGGAGAGAAUCUACGUGAGAGAGCAAGGCACUGGAGAGGAAGGCUCUCCCAACAGCACGCAAGGAGGUGGAAAGGAAGACGGGCGCUCCCAUUCAGAAUGCAGUCUAGCAGGUUCCAGUCCAGCAGCUAAAGCGAGGGCGAGCGCUGGAGAAUAUCCUGACUGUGGGAAGAGUUUCAUUCGCUUAGGAAACCUGAAAACACACCAGCAAAUUCACACAGGAGAGAAACCAUAUCGCUGCUCUGACUGUGGGAAGAGUUUCAGUCGCUUAGGAAACCUGAAAAAACACCAGCAAAUUCACACAGGAGAGAAACCAUAUCGCUGCUCUGUCUGUGGGAAGAGUUUCAAUCACUUAGGAUACCUGAAAAUACACCAACGAAUUCAUACAGGAGAGAAACCGUAUUGCUGCUCUGACUGUGGGAAGAGUUUCAGAGUUUCAGAACAACUGAAAACACACCAACGAAUUCAUACAGGAGAGAAACCGUAUUGCUGCUCUGACUGUGGGAAGAGAUUCAGAGUUUCAGAACAACUGAAAACACACCAGCGAAUUCAUACAGGAGAAAAACCGUAUUGCUGCUCUGUCUGUGGGAAGAGUUUCAGUCUGUUAGGAAACCUGAAAUCACACCAUCAAAUUCACACAGGAGAGAAACCAUAUUGCUGCUCUGACUGUGGGAAGAGUUUCAGUCUGUUUGGACACCUGAAAUCACACCAUAAAAUUCACACAGGAGAGAAACCGUAUUGCUGCUCUGACUGUGGGAAGAUUUUCAGAGAAAGAGGAACCCUGAAAAAACAUGAGCGAACUCACACAGGAGAGAAACCGUAUUGCUGCUCUGACUGUGGAAAGACUUUCAGAAAUUCAGGAACACUGAAAACACACCAGCGAAUUCAUACAGGAGAGAAACCAUAUUGCUGCUCUGACUGUGGGAAGAGUUUCAGUCUGUUAGGAAACCUGAAAACACACCAUAAAAUUCACACAGGAGAGAAACCGUAUCACUGCUCUAACUGUGGGAAGAGUUUCAGAGUUUCAGGAAAACUGAAAAUACACCAGCGAAUUCAUACAGGAGAGAAACCGUAUUGCUGCUCUGACUGUGGGAAGAGUUUCAGUCAGUUAAGUAACCUCAAAAAACACACCAGCAAACUCACACAGGAGAGAAAUUGUAUCAGUGCUCUGACUGUGGGAAGAGUUUCAACAAGUUAGGACAUCUUCAAACACACCAGUGAAUUCACACUGGAGACAAACCCUAAGGACCAUGUUCAUUCAGAAAGAAACAUUACCUUACAUCAGGGCUCCAGAUAAGGGUUUGGGUCUGGGAGUAACUUACCCUUUUAACACUGAGAGUAAAAUGUAUUUUCAGUGGGUAAAACAUUACCUUGAAGUCCUGAGUAAUGAUAAAUACUGUACAAUCUUUGAUGGUAAUGGGCAGGCAUUAAAAAACCCUUCCAUUUUAACUGCAGUGUUUCUUUGAACUACGGCACAACCACAGUUCUCCAAGGUUCUUUAUCGGUUCAGCACAUUUUUUUUCCAGGUAUCACACUGACUCUGCAAAUCAAUUACAUUAUAUUUUAACAUUAACCUCUUUUGCGAUACAGACGUACCUGGCACGUCAUGAUUAAAAACAUGGUUAAAAAUGUUUUAAAAAAAUAUAUGAAUCUGGAUUGCUGUUUUUUCAUUCGGAGUGGCUCAUCGAGGAGUUAUUAUUACACAACAUAUUAAUGUCAUUAUAUUACACAGAUAAAAUAUAUUUGAUGUGAUGCAGUUGCUAAAUGUAAUUUACACCCUGUUUGAAUGCAAGCAGUGGCCAUCUAUGGCUUGCACUGGAAACAUCCAGAAUGAAUUUAAAACAAUCUGUGUGUAACUUUUGUUUUCUUUUCAAUGAGGAUUGAUAAUAAAAAAAGUUUACCUUUUGAUUAUUAGCUGUUUUAUCGAGCUGUGCUUCAUGAAAUCAGCUUUGAAGUAACAUACAACUAUUUGUCUAUGUCUUGUUUUGUUCAAGUGACAGAGAGGAAGAUACUUCCUGCUCCUGACUGACACCAUUGUAAUGUACAGAGCGUGUGGGAGCUACUGUAUCAUCGUGUGACACCAUUGUAAUGCACCGAGCGUGUGGGAGCUACUGUAACAUCGUGUGACACCAUUGUAAUGUACAGAGCGUGUGGGAGCUACUGUAUCAUCGUGUGACACCAUUGUAAUGCACCGAGCGUGUGGGAGCUACUGUAUCAUCGUAUGACACCAUUGUAAUGCACCGAGCGUGUGGGAGCUACUGUAGUUCCAACUUUAAAAAAGUGUCGUAAACUCAGCGAUCAUAGGGUAAAAAUAAACAUUAGGAACCGUGUGUUUUUUGUAUAUAGCUACUGUGAGUGAAACCUUGUAUCUCAAACUUGUUGUGUCUGGGUGAGUUGGUUGGAGAUGAACUGUUAGGCUAGUGAGUUUGAGCAUACAAUUGAUAUAUUUUACAUAUUUCUUGAAUACUGUAUCUUACUUUUGUAAUCCCUGUAGUCAUAUUUCUUACUUUUAUAAAUUUAUAUUAGAUCUAAUUUCUUUUUU